CGGGAAAUGUGCAGCCAACUCAGUUUCGAGGUCUCUGCGCGCACUUCAAUUUCUCGACAACCACACCGACUUGUAGCAGAUUCAAUCAAAUCUACUCCUACUCAAAAUGUCGACCGCCGAGCUCGCCAGCGCGUACGCCGCUCUCAUACUUGCCGACGAUGGCAUUGAUAUCACUGCCGACAAGUUGAACACCCUCAUCAAGGCCGCCAACGUUCCUGAAGUCGAACCCAUCUGGGCCACUCUUUUCGCAAAGGCUCUCGAGGGCAAGGAUGUGAAGGACAUGCUCCUCAACGUUGGCUCCGGUGGUGGUGCCGCCGCUGCCGCUCCUGGUGCCGGUGCUGGCGGUGCUGCUGCAGGUGGUGCUGCCGAGGAGGCUGCCCCUGCCGAGGAAGAGAAGGCAGAGGAGAAGGAAGAAUCCGACGAGGAUAUGGGCUUCGGUCUCUUCGACUAAGCGUGCCGGUUCUAUGUACUGCCCUUUUCCCUCCUUCACGACGUUUCCGAGAAAAGACAUCAUUCACACGGACAAAAACCAUGCAGUCAAAUGCAUACCUUUCCUACCUUGCGUUUCUGAAGAGCUGGAUUGUUUCGUUUAGUGCGAAGCGGCAGCUUUACCUCUUAACCAGGGUAU